CGGGGCUUCCCAAUGAGCUGCUGUCAUUUUGUAAGGUUGGCUUUUGGACAGAAGCGGCUGUGCAGCCUGGGAGAAGCGAGAUGGGGGUGAAGUUGGAGGUGUUUCGGAUGACUCUCUACCUCACCUUCCCUGUGGCUAUGUUCUGGAUUGCUAAUCAGGCUGAGUGGUUUGAGGACGCCGUCAUACAGCGAAAGAGGGAGCUGUGGCCACCUGAGGGGGACCAGCGCCAACAGCUAGAGGAGUUCAAAGAGAGGCUACGGAAGCAGCGGGAGGAGAAGCUGCUUCGAGCCGCUCAGGAGAGCUCGAAACCCUCGAGUUCCUGAGUGCCACCCGUGAAACAACAUACACUCAGUUCUUUGUUCCCCA